AUGACCACCUCAGAUUCCGAAUUUCCUUGCUCAUUAGUCAUUGAUGUACCCCUUCUGAACCAUCGCCUAGCCUCCUCGGCCAUGCGCGCCCUCCAAGUCGACGCCGAACUUUCUCCUCUGGUCCGCCGGAAAUUUUCCUUGGUGGAUGCUAAUACAGCCUCGUCCUCUAUCAAUGGAGGUCAGACAGACCAUGGUGGGCUGGAGAAUAACCACAAUACCAUUCUGCGCACUGAAUAUUCCGCAACUACCAAUCGAAUGCUUCGAGUCGCUGUCAACGGCUUCAUGGAAUCUCUCGGCGUUGUCCUGCAGGUCAUGGAAGAACUGGAUGUGGAUGUACUUGAAUCCAAAUCAUGA